AUGUCGAAAUCAGAGAGUGAUUCAAAAGUAGCCACCGCUGUGGAGGAUGAUGAUGAGCCGGACGACUGGGACAAACGUAUCUUCAGCACUGGAUGCUCAGUUGAAAACGCAAAGAUGACGGACUGCUAUUUCGAGAAGAAGGACUGGAGGCAAUGCAAAGACGAGCUUGAGACGUUCAGGAAGUGUUGGAAGCAGCAUCAAAAUGACGAGAGGACGGAUACAAAAGAUGCUUGA